CAUGGCGGAUCGUGAAGUUGGCAAUUUGAAAGUUGGGUGACGCAUAGGCGUUUGAAGUGUUUGAAUAGAACAAUAUACACAUUUAAGACUGAAAAAUGUUUGUUACAUUAAAGACUCUUCAGCAACAGACCUUCAAAGUUGAAAUUGAACCCGAAGACACGGUUAAAAGUUUAAAAGAAAAAAUAGAAAAUGAAAAAGGAAAAGAUAAUUUCCCAGCUGGGGGACAGAAGCUUAUAUAUGCAGGAAAAAUCCUUGAUGAUGAUAAAAAAGUUAGUGAAUACAAGAUUGAAGAAAAAAACUUUGUUGUUGUCAUGGUAACAAAGGUAUGGCCAAAACCAGCAGCAGCCAAGCCAGCAGAGCCUAGCCCCGCCCCUGCUGCUACAGCUCCUCCCCCCGCGGCUCCAGCCCCUGCUGCAACAGAAGCCCCAAAACCUGCAGAGGAGAAGAAAGAAGAGAAAAAAGAAACUACACAAAGUGAGACAAAAACAGAAACUCCCUCUACCACAAGUACAUCAACAGCUUCAACAGAGACCCAGAGUAGUUCAGCCCCUGGACCAGUGACGGCAGAAAGCAUGCUGGUCACUGGUCAGGAGUAUGAAAACAUGGUAAUGGAGAUUAUGUCCAUGGGCUUUGAAAGAGAUCAGGUAGUCCGAGCACUACGUGCCAGCUUUAACAACCCAAACAGAGCAGUGGAAUAUCUCUUUCAGGGGAUUCCUGAGACUUCAGAACAAGAAGCCCCUGCCAGUGCUCCAGCAGCACCUGUAGCCCCAGCACCAGAACAGACUGCACAACAGACUCCCCCAUCCUCAAACCCUCCAGGAAGUGGGUCAUUAACAAUGCCACCAGCAGGACAGACGGGAGGAGAAGAUCCCUUAUCAUUUUUAAGAACUCAACCACAGUUUCAGAGAAUGAGACAGCUGAUACAAGAUAAUCCCCAAUUCUUACCAGAACUUCUUAGACAAAUAGGACAGUCCAAUCCUCCCUUAUUACAGAUGAUAAGUCAAAAUCAGGAGCGGUUCAUCCAGAUGUUGAAUGAACCCAUGGAAGGGGGUGAGGUUUCAGAUCAGGCACAGGGGGGUGGCCUCCCUCCUGGUGGCGCCCCUCCAGGAAGUGGUUACAUUCAAGUUACACCAUCCGAAAAAGAGGCUAUAGAAAGGCUUAAAGCAUUAGGAUUUUCAGAAGGAAUGUGCAUACAGGCCUAUUUUGCAUGUGAAAAGAACGAAGAUUUAGCGGCAAAUUUUCUUUUAUCUCAGAAUUUUGAUGAUGAUGAUCAGCAGAGUUGAUAAGUUUAUAGAAAACUGAAAUAUGAAUUGAAAACCCCGAGUUUGCAAGAAUGACCUACAAACAUGAUCAUUCAAUGUUUUAUCUUUAUAUGACCUAAUUUCUCGAUGGUUUUCAAAACUGACUUUUAAAAUGUAGUUAAUGUGAAAAUAUACAGUAUAUUCUAUAUUCAGUUGUGAUUUAAUCAUAAUUGUAUAACUAAUCUGCUCCAAGAGAUAUUGAUAUUCAAAAGUAACGAACAAAUAAUUUGUAGUGAAUCAUGUUUGUAAAACCUGCAAGGUGUAUUUUCUUUACAAAGGCCUUAUUGUUCCACGUUUUAAGUAAAAACUUGGUUUGCUAAAUAUUGUUCACUUGGCAGUGUACUGUAGUAAUGAAGUGGAACCAUUUUCACUGUUGGAUGCAUUAGAAAUACAAUUUUUUCUAAAACAACAGAGUUGGGUCUUUUCAUUAAAUAUUCUUGUACGGGUUGUUUUUCUUUCAUUCUUUUUUCAGAGUAAAACCUGUGUACAGCUAUUCACAUUUUCCUUAUUAGAAGUCAGUUGCAAUGAUCUUAAAUACUUUUGAAAGCUGAGUAGCUUUGUUAUUACCAGCUAUAAUGUUUAUGUAUGUGAAUUAUUAUUAAAUGGAUAAAACAG